AAAAUGACGACAUUAUUAAACAAACCCCGUUGAACACAAGGAUGGCUGACUGCUAAAUCUUCUCAACCAAGUCAAAAUGGGCAGAAAAAAGUAUACGUGCAUGGUGAGGAUAGGGAUAGAAAGCCAUGUGUCCGACCUUCAACAACAAUCAUAGACAAACGGACGGCGGGAGAUGAAACCUCUGACACCCAAAACCCGGAAACACACAACCAAGCUCCUCGCCAAACCGCGUCGUCUAUGGCUAAAUCUUUAGAUAUAUUAUUAUGCUCUGUUGCCGUACACCACCUGCUCGAUGAAAGGAGAGAAAGAAAACCCACUUCCGCGUCUGUGUUUCCUCGGUAUAAAACACCCUGACCAAUAAAAACCCAAGCCCGUACCAACUGAAUCUGAUAGAGGUACUCCCACUGAUCUCUUCUUAUUCUGUCUUUAUACUUUAUUGCUCCGAAAAUUUAAGAGAAGUACGAGUUUUUUGGCCUCCACAGUUGAGUGGUUGGGUUUUUGUUUUCUUGGGAACUGUGGCGAUGAAAUGAAGUUUAAGCUAAGAUUUGUUUCUCUCGUUGGAAAGUUUUCACCUUUCGAGUAUGGUUUGCUCUCAGAUCUCAAUGGGGUCUUGAUUUGUUUCUCUGGUGAAAGAUCUGAGAAUUUGCUGGUGAUAGGGUUUCUUUAGCUUCUGGGUUCGAGUGUGAUUUGGGGACGGUUUGAAGAAAACUGGAAAAGAAGAAAACUUGGGGACUGGAGUGGAGAGGCUUGUAGUGGAAUUCUCUCCCUCUCUAUAUUACUUAGAUGUGACGGAAGAGAGGUGGUUGGUGGUUUCAGGAGAAUAAUUUGGCUGUAUCUUUUUAAUAUAGUAGUGAUUAUGUUAUAAUUCAUUCAUGUAUAUUAGAGAGAGAAAGGCAUAGUACUGUAGUAGUAGUAGUUCUUGAGCUGGUAGAGUGUAGGUUGCUUGUUUCUGGUGAGAUCUUUACUGAGGAGAAAGGUAUUUUGCUGAAGUGUGAAGAAAAAGCUAUGGCUAAUAGGUGGUGGACUGGAAAUGUAGCAAUGAAUCAGAUGGGGUCAGGUGGUGGGGGUCCAGAGCUUCAUCUUACAAGAAACAGUGGUGAAGAAGAGAAGGGUAGUGGGUUGAAUAACCAUGGGCUGAUGAGAAGGGAGCAAGACUUCAUGGCUGAUACCACCACUAACAGCAGUGAUGGGAAUGAAGGCCACGCGGAGGAGGUGAGCAGGGGCGAUGGGCAACACGGGCAGGAGCAGAACCCUGAUCCGGGGGCUCGUGUAGUUGGUGAGCCCGGCAGCUCUGGGCGCCGGCCUAGGGGGAGACCGCCAGGGUCGAAGAACAAGCCUAAGCCUCCGGUUGUGAUAACCAAGGAAAGCCCAAACUCCCUCCAUAGCCAUGUGUUGGAAAUCAGCAGUGGGAGUGACAUAGUGGACUGCAUUGCCACCUUUGCGCAGCGCUGCCACCGCGGUGUCUCUGUUUUGAGUGGCAGCGGCACUGUGACUGAUGUAACUCUGCACCAACCGACUGCCCCGGAUGGAGUGGUUACACUACAGGGAAGAUUCGAGAUAUUAUCAUUAUCGGGUGCGUUUUUGCCAGCUCCAUCGCCCCUGAGAACAACAGGGCUGACAAUUUACUUGGCUGGUGGGCAGGGACAAGUGCUGGGUGGGAAUGUGAUGGGAACCCUGGUGGCUUCAGGGCCAGUGAUAGUGAUUGCUGCCACAUAUAUGAAUGCAGCUUACCAAAGGUUGCCAUUGGAGGAAGAGGCAACCGACGAAGGGAUGCAAUUGCAACCAGCGGUGGAUGCUGGUUCUUCAGCAGCACAUUCACAUGGCUUGGCUGAUUCUUCGUCUUCUAUACCUUUAUACAACUUACCUCCUAACUUAUUGCCCAACGCCCAACAUCCUCAUGAAGCCCUUUGGCCUCCUGCUCCACGUCCUCCAUCCUCUUAUUAAGCAUUAAUUGGAGAAAAUAGGAGGCAGGUGAAAGAGAGGGACUUCACUGCUGUCCUUGUUGAAAACCGCUAGUUUCUCAUAUUAGCAUGGCAAAGAGGAACAACUUUAAUUUUUCUUUUUUUGACCCUUUUUCCCCUAUAAUCCCUUGUGAAUCACCUAAUGUUUUGGUUCCGCCUUUUAGGUGUUUGCCUGUUCGGUUCUUGUUGUAUAAGAUGGCACUAUGUAUCAAUUUUCUUUUCCUCUUUAAGCUAUGCCUUUUUGUUCGAGUGUUUCUUCACCUUGAUGUUAUAUUUUGGCAAUGAGGAACAGUCAGAGAUGGCAAAGAAGCAAUUGAAAUAUAUUCUUCAAACGAGGUUGGUGAACAAACGAUAUAAAUGUUUUCUUCCAAACAACCUGUCCCAGAGAUGGGCAGGAAGGAGUGUGGUGGGGGAAGGUUCAUCUGUAUCUAUGCUUGCUACCACUUGGAACGUUUUAGUCCAUCUCGGUAGGCCAGUCUCUGAAUUUAAGUGCAUUGAUAUGCUGGAGGAUUUUAGUCCAUUUUGGCGGGCCAAUCUCUGAUUUUAAGUGCAUUUGGUAUGAUGAUAAUUUCAUUUUUGAUCGAAUCUUGCUAGUCAAAUGCUAUUCUGUGACCUUGAAAGCAUUUAAUUAUGUCCUUGUCUAAAUAUCCAUCUUAAUGGUCAUUAGAACGAAGAUGUUCCCAUUAGCUAUAAAUACAUUGUUGAUAUUGAUAAACUGGGCAAAAAUAUUUAGCUAA